CUGAAUCUUAUUGAUCCAGAAGGUGGCUAAUUAGCCCUUCCCGUCGUGCCUGGGUAAUGAGGCACAUGCGCACUGCACUAAUCAGCCAUUUUUUGCAGGAAACUAAUUAGCAGAAUAAAGAUCCAAAGAGUUUUUUUUUUUCUUCCCAAUCAUCAGAUCUGAGUCCGGGCGCUUCCUGCUCCGGCGACCGCCAGCCCCGCGCCGCCAGCCCCGCUCCGCCCCGCUCCGACCCCGCCGCCGCUGCCGCCGCCGCCGCCCGCGGCCCCCUCUCUCCGGGGGGCUGCGAGAGGAGAGAGGGGGGGGGAAAAAAAAAGAGAGGGAAAAAAAAAAAAACAAAACCAAAUUCCAAACCACCUCCCCGACGACGAUGCCGCUGGUGGGCAGCGGCGGCGGCGGCGGCGGCUCCCGCUCGGCUCCCGCUGCCCCCGGCUCCCGCUGCCCCGGGAGCGGAGCGCGCUCCCGCAGCCGCCGCAGCCUGCAUGGGAUCCGUAGCCCCCGCGCCGCCGCCGCCGCCGCCCGGGAUUAAACACGCCGCCGGAGCAAGCGACCGCGUCUCGUUGCUCUUUCAGUCCCCGCUUGAAGCUGCUCUCGGGGCAGGAGCUCCGAUGGGUGUUGUGCGCGACCUGUCCCGCGGCGCAGGCGGACCGAGCCAAGGUGCUGCUCGGGCGCGCGGAGGCGAUGCGGGCGGCCCUGGACGCCUGGCACCUUCGCCUGGCCUUGUCGUGGCUGCUGUCAAACCAGGGCCCGCCGGCAGCCGCUUUGACAAAAGCCGAGGCGCGUGUCCCUCUUUCAUCUCUCUGUUUUGACCCCCCGCCCCGGUUCCCGUCGGUGUCGUGCCGGAGGCCGGGAGCAGCGCGGAGGAGCAGAUUUCCUUUGGGCCUGGCCAGCGGUUGAACGGCUUCAGCGGGGAUCGCUAAAUCCCAAACUGAUGGACAUAUGGCUGGCUGCGCUCGCCUCCCCAUUAGCGCUUCCUUCCUCUUUCCA